UCGCCUGGGUUCAAUAAAGUCAAGGCACUUCUUCAUUCUCAUGUUGAAAAUUGUUGUUGAACAGUGAUAAUGUGGUGUAAAAGUUGUCUUUGUGUCUUUAUCUUUGUGCUAAUUUUAAAUCAAUUUCAAGUUGACGCACAAACUGGUAAACGAUGUACAACACCAAACGGCGAAUACGCAACAUGCGUGUCUAUAUACAGUUGUAACCAUCUUCUACAAGCAGUACAAACUAGAGAUGAAACGCAACUAAGGUUUCUACAAAAGUCGCAAUGUACUGGUUAUAGCAAUGGUCCUAUAGUAUGCUGUGGACGAGAAAGUAACUAUGUGACAACGGGAAAUCAAGCAACUAACGGAAGGGUACUUUUGAAUAAUGGUGAUACGCCGAAUAAGAAUUUCAGAAGGAAUCCCAAUAUUCCAAAUAGGGAAUCAUGUGGUCAUGACUUUUCAGAGAGAAUUUUCGGAGGUGAAGCAACAGCAAUCAAUGAAUUUCCAUGGAUGGCAUUAUUGCAGUAUACCAACAACAGUGGAUACAGAAGAUGGGCGUGUGCUGGCACCCUUAUAAAUAACAGAUAUGUUUUAACGGCUGCUCAUUGCGUCACAGGAGAUAUUUUAUCAAAAGUUGGGCGAUUGGUAAAUGUCCGUAUAGGAGAUUACGAUACUGAAAAUGCUGUAGACUGUCAAGGAGGGUUGUGUAAUAAUCCCAUAGAUGUAGGAGUAGAGGAUGCGUUUGCCCAUGCUGGAUAUAACAAUAACAAUCAGCAUAGAUAUAACGAUAUAGCUCUUGUAAGAUUAUCUAGAGAAGUCAAAUUUACACCAUUUAUUCAACCGAUUUGCCUCCCUAAAAUCAACGAAGCUGCGACCGUUGGUGACAGAAUGUCGGUAGCUGGUUGGGGUAGGACUGAGUAUGCCAGUCGUAGCGGCGUGAAAAUGAAGGUUGAGAUCCCAAUGGCUCAAAGAGCGCAAUGUACUAGAGCCUUUGCUUCAGCUGGAAUCAAUUUGAAAAGCUCACAGAUUUGCGCCGGAGGACAAAGAGGAAAAGAUUCUUGUACAGGUGACAGUGGAGGUCCUUUAAUGACGACAGCUAAAGACGAUCCAUCGACUUGGUAUCAAGAAGGCAUUGUAUCUUUUGGAGCAAGAUGUGGUACCGAAGGAUGGCCUGGUAUAUACACGAAAGUAGAGUAUUUCUUAGACUGGAUCCAUAAAAAUGUUCGACCAUAGUGUUGUAGUUGUAAUUUAUUUUAUACAUUUUAAUAUAAGUAUUUAUUAUU